AACGCGUGGGUGAUAAUUCUGGAAGGAGUGUCUGAUUCGCUGAAGUAGCACUGCCUUCUUUAAAAGGAUCAUUUUUCAACACAGCGAGUUGAACUUAUUUUUAUAUCUAUAUUAAACGUUACGGGUAUCGGGCGAACCCCUGGAAACAUGGCAGAAAGCGACUGGGAUACCGUGACUGUCUUGAGGAAGAAGGGGCCGACUGCUGCCCAGGCCAAAUCCAAGCAGGCUGUCACGGCUGCUCAGAGACGUGGGGAGGAUAUUGAGACAACCAAGAAAUGGUCUGCGGGGCAAAACAAACAGCAUCUUGUGACCAAGAACACAGCCAAACUGGACCGGGAAACAGAGGAGCUACACCAUGAAAGGGUUCCCCUGGAGGUGGGCAAGGUCAUUCAAAAAGGAAGACAGGAUAAUGGCUUGACCCAGAAAGACCUGGCCACUAAAAUUAAUGAGAAGCCUCAAGUCAUUGCAGACUAUGAGAGCGGGAAAGCAAUUCCCAACAACCAGGUCAUGGGCAAGAUAGAGAGAGCAAUUGGGUUGAAACUGCGAGGGAAAGAUAUUGGCCUACCCCUGGAGGCAAAACCCAAGAAGAAAUGAACACAAAGCCUCGAAAUCAGCCCCCCACCCCCCUACUCCCUCCCCAGCCCCAUAUUUCCCUAUAGCUGAAACCUGAACCCUGUUCUCCACCCCACCUCCAAGAACCCUCACACCCUCCUCUCUCUCUCUCCCCGCCCCCAUCCCUUCCCUUUACCUGGGCUGAUCUCACCUGUGUCCUGCCUGGGGACCUGGUGCUCCACUGCAUUUACAGGCUGCAUACUAACAAGUCAUCUGAAAAAAAAAAACACACUCUUCUGACCACGUAAUUAAAUGAAUGAAUGCAUUUUUCAACACCACAAACUCUGAAGUUCUGUGAAUUUCUUUUCACCUACGUCUUGCUUUAGGCUUUGGCAUGAUAAAUUCGACUUUUUGAUAGUGAUGUAAAAUCAUUUAAAAGGUGAAGUCUUUUUCAUGACCAAACAAAUUAGUUAGACUGGCUUUAAUUCUGAGCAUGAUGUUAAGCCAAAAGUGCUUGAUUGCAUCUUUUUCACACUCUUAAAGACGGUGGCUGGAUGUCAUGACAGUGUUGAAAUGUUUUAAUGCUGUGCUUUGUUUUGAUCUAAAAAUAAAGUUUGGCAAUUCAUGAUA